UUCCGUUUUGAGCAGCGUGCGCGAACGGUGCUUCAAAAAAGAGCGCGCAUUCUGCGCGAGAAUAAUAUAAAUAAUACCGGUCGACGAAAAUACAACUAAAAAAUAACAACAGCUAGAUAGCGAAAAAUCCGAGUAAUACGAAAGAAAAAAAACAAAACAAAAGGCGGCGAAGAAGGCCAAAGAAGAAAAAGCCCAAAACUUCUGCCCCGGUUCUCUGCGUGCGCGAGUGUAUGUGUAUUUGUUGGGCUUACGCGGGCGUCCGUGUGUGUUUUUGUGCGUAAUUGUGUGCAUGUGUGCCAAAGCUAAGAAUCAAAGUGCAAAGCGAAAUUGAAUAAUUUCCCCAUCUCUCUUUUUCUCUCUCACUGAGCGUGUAACCAAAUACCCGAAAAUAAGAAGUUUAUCAAAGCUGGUAAAUUCUGGAGUGUGAGAUAGUACGAAAGGCUGGCUUUUAGAGCCAAAACAAAAACAAGCCAAUGUUUUGGUUAACGUAACAACGCGUCCUUGCAAAAAGAAAUCGAAAAACAAAACAAAUUGAGUUCAAAAUUAUAGCCAUGCCACUUCUGCGAAAACUUUAAAAGUACCACCAUUUCCGCACUCUCUCUCUCCUCUGCAAGUUUCCCCACACUUUUUUUUGUUGUUGAACCGACGCAGCAGCACUAGCGAAAUGUCAACCACCACAAUAACAACAAUGGUGCCUGCCGCCACCUCCAAAUCGGCACCACCCACUCCAACAACAACAGGCGCAGCAGGAGCAACAACAAACGCACGCACCGCCGACUGCCGCAAGUUCACGCCAAACAUUUUCAACAAGAGCAAGUGCAGCCACUGUUUUCGGCAGCGGGAGGAGCACUCGGCCGCCGCCUUGGAAUGCAAUAGGCGAACCUCGUCGAAUCUGGCAGAACCAGCAUCGCGAAAGGUCUCCAAAUGCGGAUAUCUGUUUGUGGCGCCAGAUUGGGACUUUAGCAAUCCAUUGUACAGAACAAAGCGCUGGCAAAGAAGAUGGUUUGUUCUCUAUGACGAUGGCGAGCUGACGUACUCGGUUGAUGAUUAUCCGGAAACCAUACCGCAGGCGUGCGUGGACAUGACCAAAGUGCUGGAGGUCACCGGCGCCGUGGAGGUGACAGGUCACCCCAACUCCAUCGCCAUAACCGCUCCCGAGCGCGUUACCUUUGUGAAGGGCACCAGUUCGGAGGAGUCCCAGUGGUGGCUCAACAUCCUGGCUGCCUUUCCCAAGUCGAAGGGUCGCCAUAAGAGAAGCGCCACCCUGCCCGGUGGUCAGGUGGUGGGCAGCCUACGCCAAUCGAGCAACGGCGACCUCACCCUCUCCACCAAGUUGGGCAACCGGCACAGCUCCUAUCACAAGGACACCCUCACGUCUUCCCAGUCGGCUGGCAAUCUCUUGAGCAGCCUGGACCUGGGUCCCAGCUCCACGAAGACCGCCAGUUCGCCUCUGACCACCACGCAAACGGCUCUCGCCGAUGAUGAGGAGGACGACGGAGUGGAAACUGGCGAGGAUGUGGACGAGGACGAGGAGGAUGAGACGGCGGUGCCCAGGAAGUCCAAGACUGUCAGCAUUGGGGGCCAGGACGAGAACAAUCGCAAUGCCGGCAACGAGAUCACAAAUCGGGUUUCGCAGCCCACAACAUGCUUGCUGAUCGAGGAUAUUCGACGUGAUGAAAAGACGAUCAAGGACAUUGCCAACACCAUCACGAAUCUGAGUCAGCAGCAGAACAAACGGUGGUCCACGGCGGUGAACAAUGCCUUGAACAACCAGCAUCACUUCGGCCACCACGGCCAGUACCAAGUGACCUCCAGGGAUGAGACGGACUUCCAGGUGUCCUCCAACAGCAGCAGCAGCACCAAACCCCAAAAUCCAGCCAGCGAGCGACCGAAAUCCCUACCCCUGGCAUCCAACUCCACGCCUGCGAUUGUUUCGGCCAUAGUCAAGAAGAUUCCCACGGUUAUGGAGCAGGGUGACAAGACGAAACCCACUGCCAGGCUGCAACUGCACCUCAAGUCACCGAAACAUUACCAGCACGAGAGGGGCGAUCCCGAUGGCGGAUGCAAUCUGGACGAGCUGUGCGUGAACUACAUGGCCAAAACAGAUGAGCUGCGAUCGGUGGGCAAGGCGACAAGGGACAGUAAGUCAUCCUCUGGUCAAGGCAAGCCUCCGGCUAAGGAGGAAUCGCUGAACGCCAAGAAGGGUUGGCUUAUGAAGCAGGACAAUCGCACCGGUGAGUGGUCCAAGCACUGGUUCACCCUGAGUGGUGCGGCGCUCUUCUACUACAGAGAUCCCCUGUGCGAGGAAAGAGGUGUCCUCGACGGCGUCCUGGAUGUUAAUAGUCUAACCAGCGUUGUAGCCGAACCUGCGGCAAGCAAGCAGCACGCUUUCCAACUGACUACUUGGGACAAACAGCGCUUGGUCUUGGCCAGCUUGUCGCCCAGUUCGAGAAAUAGCUGGCUGGCUGUACUGAGAAGUGCCGCCGGAUUGCCCCAACUAGACACACCCCCCAAGCAGACAGACAUAGAGCAGGACUUUAUCAAGGCUCAACUGCAACAGCCGUCGUCGAGUCCUGUCACUCCAGGCACCCCGGCAGGUCCACAUUUCUCCUCGGACGAGGAGUACCGAACGGCUUCGGAAGGUGGCAGGCGGGAUAGCCUGGACUGGGGCUCACCGUUGUCACCUUCGCCACCUGUUUUAAGAAGUUGCCUGCGCAACCGCAGCCUGGCCAGUUUGCACAAAAGGAGUCGCAGUUCGCCACCAAGCUCACGGCGCAGUACGGUGGACAGUGUGGCCAGUGAUGAGUUGCCCCUCCUGGUAGUGCCCGAGGAAAUGCAGCCAACCGAUAGCAGGGAGCUGAAGCAACAAUGCGACACCCUGCGGGCGGAGGCUUCACUGCGGGAGGCCCGCAUGUCGGAGUUACUGGCGACCCUCCAAAGAACCGAACAGCAGUUGACCGCCCGGCUGCAGGAGCAGCAACAGCAGCUGAAUAGCGAACUUACCCAGGCCAAGCAGAGUGCCUCCGAUCUGAUGCACAAUCUGGGACUGCAGCUUACCGAGAGUCAGUGCCAGAUCAAGCAGCUGGAGGACCGCCUGGCGCAGGGAAUCGAGGAGAACGAAGGACUUUACAAGCGUUUGAGGGAGUUGCAGGCUCAGGAUCAAAGUGGUGGUGCCACUCUCAGCAACCUGCAGCGUCACAAAAUUAAGCGCAUGGACUCACUGAGCGAUCUAACCACCAUCAGCGAUAUUGAUCCCUACUGCCUGCAACGCGACUCCCUGGCCGAGGAGUACAAUGAGCUGAGAUCCCGCUUCGAGAAGGCCGUCAACGAAAUUCGAGCCAUGAAGCGGGAACUGAAGCAGUCGCAAAAUCAGUACGAUGCCUUGGAGCUGGCACAAGCUGCUCUGCAGCAGAAGCUGGAGAGGCGGCAGCACGAGGAUGGAGCUCAACUGCAGCUGAUGGCAGCCCGUAUUCAGGAUCUGACCCUGAAGUACAGCAGUUCGGAGCGUCAGGUGCGUGCUCUGAAGCAGAAGUUGGCCAAAUCCGAGAGGAGGCGUUCGUUGUCCUUGAAGGGAAAAGAGCAACUGGAACUGAAACUAAGCGAGUUGCAACGCGAAACGGUGGAGAGACAGGAGGGUACGCCACCCGAAUCCUCCAGCAGUGAAUCCAGCAGCCAGUCACCACUGAAUGCCCACCUCUUGCAGCGAUUGCACAGCCUGGAGCACGUGCUCCUCGGCAGCAAGGAGCGCCUGGAGCAGAGUCUCACCCAAUUGCAACAAAUUCGCGCCGGCCAAAGAACCCGUCGCUCCGUCUCGCCCAUGAACGAUCGCAAAGAUGGCCUCCGCCAGCUGGAAAGAGCUCUGGCCGAAACCUGCGUGAUGGUCAGCGAGCAGAUGGAGCUGACUUGCUUGCAGGACUCCUGUCACAAGUGCUGCGAUCUGCGCCAGCGUGUGGAAAAGCUAUCCGCCCUGCAGCAGCAAACCGAAACGGAUUUGCAAAGGAGUGAGCAGCUGCUGGAGCAGCGGGAAAGUGACCUGGCCCAAGCUCUGGAAAAGUGUGCCAGCCAGGAGCAGGAACAGGAGCUGCUCCUGCAGCAGCGUCGCGAGCUGAGUGAGGAACUGGGAAGGCAGCAGGAGCGUUGUCGGCGACUGGAAAAGCGACUGGAGCUCCUCGAGCGGGAGCAUGGCAAGCAACUGGAGUGCCUCAGGGAGGUCUACCACACCGAACACGCCAACGCAGCCGAUGAGCAGAGCUUCCGAAAGCGGUACCAAACUGAGAUCGAACAGCUGAGGACCCUCUGCGAGAAGGGAUUGAGUGCCAUGGAGACUUCGCAUAAGCGGCUUACUUUGGAUCUUGAGCAGAAGCACAAGAUGGAGAUUGAGCGCCUGCUGGCCGAGAAGGAAACUGCCCUGGCCGAGGAAACUCAGGCCACUUUGGCUGCUCUGGAUGCGAUGAGAAAAGCACACCAGAGUGAGGUGCAGCGGGAGGUGGCUCGAUUCAAGCAGGAGUUCCUGCGACAGGUCCAAAGAGGCGAACAAAUGCGAGGGGAUGGCGCCAAACUGAAAGAGGAGGAUCUCGGGGAUCUUCGAAUGGAAAUUCUCGCAUUUUCCGAAAAGUAUUCCAUCAAGUGUGUGGAAAACGCGGCCUUGGAGGAAAAACUGCAUAUGGCCAACAGCAAGCUGAGGCAUUUCCAACAGAUGCAGCAACUUGAGCUGAGAAACAAACAAUUUCGAGCUCACUUGGCCUCCGAGGAUCCAUCAAAUGAUGUUCACUUCGUGCAGGGCCUGACCUCCGACGCUCGAGAAGAUGCUGAUUGCGAAGAUAGCGAGCCUGCACCUCAAAAAUUGGGUGCCACAGCAACAAGAACUACUGCCACAACCAACACAACCACUACCACAACUACAACCGCAGCCAAAACUACAUCAGCGGCCCCGAGCGACACUAAGUCCAAUCCCGAUUCCGAUAGAGAUAGAGAAACCGCCGAUUCAUCGCGGGCGCCACCCGAGAAAAUGGAGCAAAGUCUCUUCGUGAUACCCUCCCAUAUGCUAAACAGUUCCCUCGUGCCUGCCGCAAACGCUUCUGAUCAGAGUCAGAGAUCCCAACUCUAUCGAGAUCUCGAUGGGCCCGAGGAUGGUUACGAGCCAUGCUACAGGCCCUUCGAUAUAUUUGCCAUCUAUCAGAAUCGUUUGAGCUACCAAGGUCUGAAGGGCAGUUCCACGUUUGGCAAGAGUUUGAGGAAAUCCGCUGCACACACAUCACCAGCAUCAUCAGAACUAACAACAACAACAGCACCCACAACCGAUCCAAAAAAGCCCAGUCACAAGCAAAUGUUUAAAACGGCUGCCGUCAUUAACAUUCAGCAACAGGUAGCCCAGGAUGAAAAAGCACAAUGAACAAAUGGAACAAAUAAAAUCGAAAAUGAAAUGCAAUAACCAAGAGCAAGAAAACAACAAACAGAACCAGUGGAACAACCAAAGAAUAAUUAGUGCUAAUAAUAACUAAAUAAUUAUAACUAUUUAAAGUAUAUUAAUUAAACCAGCAACCAAAUGCAAGACAAAAUCGAACGGCACAGCAUUCAUGAUGUAUGUACAUAAUCCGAAUAACAUUUCUCUAACAGAGCGCAAAACUGGUUGAAGAUCAUAACUAAGAUGAUUUAAGAUGAUGAUGAUGAUGAUGUUGGUGAUGUAGCAGGCAAGUGAAAUAUAUACACACAUAUAUGAGGAGCUUCAGAUUUCGAAUGGAGUUUAGCUAACAACGACUGCUCACCCCCCUCCAAUGCGAAAAGUGGAAGGGACGUCGAGCAAUGGAAACUAACCUCCACAAAAGUAACAACGGCAGCAUACACUGCGUCAUCAACAGCUACAAAAACCACAACAAUUUUGGGCCAAAUUUAUGUAUUUAUCGUCUAUUCUAUCAAUGUAACUGUAUGUUAUUCUACUGUACGUUUAUCCAAUUCUCUAUGUCCACAAAAUGUGUCAUUUAUUUAUGUUUAUCUAGUUCAUAGGUCAACUUUGAAGCGAGCAACAAGAAUCAAGCUUAGUUGCUUCUUUUUUCGUUUGUAUUAAAUAUAUCGAAAUUGUUUUUCAGCUUACAUACAUGUAAAUGCAUUAUACAUAAAGAAAAUACAAACAA